AAAAGAGUGACUUUGUAAGAAGAAGCAGACAAACAGAAAAGAGAGGCGUGCUUGAAUGAAAAAGACAUGAGUACAGAAGGAAAUCAGAGUAUGGGUGGAGAAGGAGGGGUGAACACAAAACCUGGCCAAUCUGGUUGGAAGCAAUUCCAGUGUCCCAUAGCUGAUCCACGCUUUCCUAGGGAAGAUAUAAAGCAGAUAUGGAAGGAGUGUCAGUACGAGAGCUUCUGGUAUCGAGCUCUUCCACUCUCUGGCGGCAGCAUGGCUGUGACUGCUGGCCUCAUAUACAGUGGCGUCUGGAAAAAGUCCAAGCGAUUUGGGUACUUCCCUAAACUGCUUUUGGCUGGUAUUGUGGGUUAUGCAGUAGGCAAAGCUUCCUAUGUCGGGACCUGCAGAGAGAAAUUCAACAAUAAACUGGGACCAGAUUUCGCCAAAGGGUUUGGUACACCUGGAUUUGGACCUGGUGGCUGUAAACCUGGACAUAAACACUGCAUCCAUGUGUGUGAAAAGUGCAAACAAGAAGAAGCACAAGCCGCAGGAACAGCGCCUGAUGCACCCACUCAGAGCUGAGGUGAAGAAACACAACACACCCAUAUACCUAAACACAAAAGAUCCACCUCAGGUCACACUAAACCACACCCAUCGGUCACUAUUCAUUUACAUUUUAAACCACAUGCCCACCAAACACCGCUUACCUCAUGUUGUUCAAGAGAACACAAUAUGCAAUCAAUGCUAAAGUUAAAUCUAUUCGUUUUUCUGUUGCCGAGUCUCUGAGAUCCACAGGACACCACUCAUUACCUCACGUCAUUUUUUAAAUUAAAAAUUUCAGUUUUAAUUAGUUUAUUUUUAGUUGUUUUUGGAAAUAAUGCAAAACAAAAGCAGCUAAAAUCAUUUUGAAUGGACCUUAAUGCUAACUAACCAGCAGGGGGCGCUAAGACACUACGAGUAUGAGACACUGCAGCUAUUUGGACAAUUUAGACAAACUUUUCGCGAUUAUUGAAAUAGGUGUGUCAAAUAGAAGUAACAUUUUAGCACUAAGAGAUGUAGUGUUUGAGGUGGAUUUGAGGGAACAAUGUAACAAUAAGAAAUGUAUGCUGUCGUAGUGUCAAAUCUGGCAUAAAUUAAUCCACCUCAUAGAAAUCAGCAUGUUAUUUUUAAGUUCUUAUAAUGUUAUAUUCCAAUGAUAUUUGCUCAGCUUUUUAUUUGUUUAGAAUAUAAAGAAGGGAAUGGAGGUUUCUGUUGAAUUAUGACAGUAAGCAGCUGCUUUUUAUGUUGUGUGUGUAUAUAUAUAUAUAUAUAUAUAUAUAUAUCCUUCACAGACAAUAAUUAAUGUGCAGGCUUUAUUUGAAAUGUUUGAACAUUUAAAUGUGAAUUUUCAUUAAAAGAAUUUACAGAGCAAGCAUAUCUUUAUCUCCAGCUCUGAAGACAUCAGUGAAUGAUGCCAUUAUUAUCAUCAUCAUGGGUCCAAGUCUAAA